UAGAAGAAGAGCGGAAGCGAAGCAGUUGUUAGUUGGUGCUUAGUAGUACCGCUUGAUAAUUCUUCUACCGCAUAUAAGGAGUUUGUCAGCGUCCACACUCAGACAUGAACGGGCUAGAUGAACCAAUGGCACCACAAACAUUUCUUUACGGCUGUGUGCUGGAAGCUGGAAAGGAGGUGGUCUUCAAUCCCGACGAUGAUGAUUUGGAGCAUCAGCUGGAUCUGAGGAUGGUGGGUGUGUGUGGACCCAGCACGAAAGAUGAACUUCAUAUGGUGGAGGUAGAAGGGCAGGACGCAGAGGGUCAGAAAGAGGCAGUCCUGGUUUCACUUAAGCCCUCGACUUUGCCAAGUGCGUGUCUUGCGGUUAGCACAAUUACACCCCCAGCAGUUUUCCGCCUGAAGGCGGGUUCGGGUCCGAUCCACAUCAGUGGACAGCACCUUGUCAGUGAUGAUGGAGGCGAUCAGUCUUUUGAUGAAGACGACGAGGAUGAUGAUGAGGAGCAGCAGGAGGAAGAGAUCAAAACAUCAAAGAAAAGGCCUGCUUCUUCCCCUGCAGCAAAGUCUCAGAAAAAGAUGAAACUAGAAGAGGAGGAAGAGGAUGACGACGAUGAUGAGGAUGAAGAGGAUGAGGAUGAUGAGGAUGAUGAAGAGGAGGAUGAUGACGAUGAUGAGGAGAGCAUGGAAGAAGAGUCACCUCUGUCUGUCUGUUACAGGCCAAACCAGCAACCAUCCAAGCAAACACCAUCCAAACCCACACCGGCACAGAAUGGCAAGAGUUCAAAACCAAACACUCCAGCCAAAAACCAGACCCCUAAAGGAAAGAGUGACAAGUCUCCCAAAACUCCACCAACUCCAAAACCAAGUUUAACGGUGCCUGAGAUCAAAGCCAAGAUGAUGGAGGCAGUGAAGAAGGGAAUAAUAUUACCUAAAGCCCAGCCCAAGUUCGAGAACUUUGUGAAGCAUGGUCAUAAGGUGACAGAUGCCAAGGUUGUCGCAGAGCUGUGGAAGUGGAGACAGGCAUUGAAGGAAUAACAGACCUUGUAGUUUUAUCUAUGUAAUUUUUUUUUUUUAUAUAUAUAUAACUUGUUUAUGCCAUAGCACCCCUUAAAACCCUCUGAAGCCAAACUCAGUGGCCUCACACCUGUCCUUAAAUUACUCUUCAAGUGUAGUCCAGUUCGUUUGCCCUCCUGGAUGAAGAGAUUGGAAGGGGUAGUGAUGGAUGGUGAUCGUGCACUGCUGGCACAUUGUCUAUCCACCUCCAUCACCCUUUCAUUACUAGUUUUGUUUCUUUUUUUUUUCUUUUUAACAGAAGUUUGUCAUGGCCUCAUUAAGGAACAGUUGAAAUACAGCCUUCAUUACAACAAAAUUUAAAAGCACAUUCAAGCUCAGACUUAACUUAAAAUCCAUUUUCAGCAAUUAAACAUCAGCUACUGUUGGCAGUGCUCACUGAUCUUCAUGUUGAUCGGUCUGGUACUAUCAAGAACACUUGGCACAUUUUUUUUUUUUUUUUCUUCUUUUUUUUGUUUUUUAAAUUGUGCUGAAGAUGUAUUUUUACCGUCCAAGCAAAACAAUUCAACCAUCUGGUUUAAUCAGCCGCCUGCAUUCAACCUGGAAGUGAAGCAGCCGACUCGUUUUCACCUCUGCAGAACGGUGUUGCCAUGCCCACUGACAGCCCAUAGGCCAAAGGUUACGUGCUUUGUCCGCAACUGUAUGCAUGAGUUAAUUUUUAAGUCACUUGUGUAAUGUUUCAUAGAAAUUUCCACUGGUAUCAAGUUGAAAGAAGCUGCAGUUUGACCAGUUGAGGCUAUUCCAUUCUUGGUGCACGAGGCCUGCUAGAUGAGUCCAUUCCAUGCUGUCAAACAAGUGUCAGUUUUUAUGACUUUUCAAUGGACUACCCCUAAAAUUGAUUGAAUAAAAAUAAUAAAUGCA